AAUCUAUACUUUGGAGCCAGAAAGUCACGUCCCUUAGAGAUGGCAUAAGAAAGCGCUUUUGACGUUCAGAAAUGAAGUUCAGAUCUCAUCAAUUGCACACCGUCAUUGUUUGAUAUAGUGACUAACAAUCCCGAUCAGUGUUCAUUGGCAUUUGGGAAAUGGUUCAAUGGGAACGGGCUUGUGUCAUAAUUUGGCUCAUGGUGACCUUCCUGAUAGGGAGGGCGCAUUUUCAAGAGCACCAUGAGAGGCGAUUAAUUGAUGAUCUUUUGCCUGGUGGAAGCGACGUCAGCAUUGCUCGGAAGUACACUAUCGAAGAAAGACCGGUGGUUAAUGAGCUGGAUGUCUUGGAGUUGAAAUUUGGUCUAGAACUGCAACAGAUCAUUGACAUCAACGAAAAGGACCAAGUGAUCAGCACCAACAUGUGGUUGAAUCUGAAGUGGCAAGAUUAUUCUCUCAUGUGGAGCCCGACAGAAUAUGGAAACAUAUCAGAUAUCCGUUUGCCUCCGCACAAGAUUUGGACCCCCGAUAUAUUGCUCACCAAUUCAGCUUCUCAAGUGUUCAAUCCGACUCAUCCGACCAAUAUUGUGGUGUACAAUAACGGGGAUUGCGUGUUCAUUCCGCCCGGUUUGUUCCAGUCCACGUGUAAGAUAAAUAUUUUGUGGUUUCCUUUUGAUGAUCAAGAGUGUGUCUUCAAAUUCAUCAGUUGGACAUACGAUGCAUCCAAAUUGAACAUUUCAUUGGAUGGAACCUCGGCAGAUCUCAGUGGUUAUGUUGAAAAUGGCGAAUGGAAAUUAUUGGGUUUCCCAGGGUAUCGCCAUCUGUCCAGUUUCGAUGGAAGCAACUACACUGAAGCCAUUUUCAAGUUGAAUCUUCGCCGGCGAACCAUGUACUACUUUUCAACGUUGAUCCUUCCCUGCGUUUUGAUUGCCUCAAUGUCCAUUUUUGGAUUCUAUCUACCUCCAGAAUCGGGCGAGAAGAUCACGCUGCAAAUUACCGUGUUGAUGGCGUUGACGUUCUACAUGAACAUGGUCACGGAACUGACGCCACAAUCAUCGGAGACGCCACUCCUCGGCAUCUAUUUCUCCUGUAUCAUGGUCAUGGUAGCAGCCUCGGUGGUCGAUGCCAUUUUGGUGCUCAAUUUUCAUCGACAAUUCGGAACAGAGAAUACCAUGCCGUACAUCAUCAAAUUUGUGUUCCUUCAAUGGCUACCCUGGAUUCUAUUCAUGAAAAGACCUGGUCAAAAGAUAACACGAUCAUCUAUGAUUUCGCACCAUGAGAUGCAAAAGUUGGAACUUCACGGGAACUCGACUAGCAGCUGUUCAUUACUAAAUAACGUUUUAAAUGUGGACGACCAUUUGCUCCGGAAAUGUAGCACGGGAGUGCACGAGUACCAGGGCUUCAAGAUUCAUGCCUGUCCGUGCGGCCGUUCAGGGAAUAUUGUGGAAAAGGAACUGAAACUCAUCUUGACCGAACUGCAAGUCAUCACCAACAAAAUUCAUGAAAAGGAUCGGUCAGCUCAAUUUGAAAAUGAUUGGAAAUAUGCAGCCAUGGUUUUGGAUCGUUUGAGCCUGGUGGUUUUUACUUUCUUGACCUUAUUACUUUCGGGUGCGUGCUUAGUGAGUGCGCCGCAAAUCCUGGUUUAUUGAUUCAUGUAAUACACUUAAGAUAAAAUUCCUCAUUUAUCCCAUCCUGUUAUG